AACAAAACUAAGCUGCUCUAAUGCCAAAGAGUCUGCCACAACUGAAUCUCUGAGGACAAGGGAAGGACAUGCGUGUAAAACUACCCCAAAACAAUGUUCUAAUAUAAGUAGGGUUGUGCCUUCUUCGGAAUACUUUUGGUUUGGCAGCUGGCUGUGGGCAGCAUCGAGACUCCGGAUUCUUUACUUGGCUUGGAAAAAGAGGGUCUGCAGCCGUUUCUGACAAGACUCUCAGGCUGCUGGUGACUGUUGCCCAUAUCGGUUGUCUUCUAGCCUCGGAUUUAAGGCAAUGCGGUAAUGUGGUCCUGAAAAUUUGUGGUGGUAAUCCUGAAGGUCUUUGCUCUUGUCUUUGCAGGCAUCUGGAGUACAAGUUGCCGAUGAGGUAUGCCGUAUCUUCUAUGACAUGAAAGUGCGGAAGUGCUCUACGCCUGAGGAAAUUAAGAAGAGGAAGAAGGCUGUCAUCUUCUGCCUCAGUCCAGACAAAAAGUGCAUUAUUGUGGAAGAAGGCAAAGAGAUUCUGGUGGGAGAUGUCGGUGUGACAGUUACCGACCCUUUCAAGCACUUUGUGCAGAUGCUUCCUGAGAAGGAUUGCCGUUAUGCCUUGUAUGAUGCAAGCUUCGAGACCAAGGAAUCCAAAAAAGAAGAGCUGAUGUUUUUCUUGUGGGCACCAGAACAAGCACCUCUCAAAAGUAAGAUGAUCUACGCAAGCUCCAAGGAUGCAAUCAAAAAGAAGUUUCAAGGCAUAAAGCAUGAAUGCCAAGCAAAUGGGCCAGAGGACCUCAACCGAGCUUGCAUUGCUGAGAAGCUAGGAGGCUCCCUAGUCGUAGCUUUUGAAGGAAGUCCUGUGUAGAUGUCAUACAGUGCCACAACUCUACAAGCAUUCCAUGUUUUAAUAUAUCAUUUAUGUAAAGCAGCCAUUCUAGGCAAGGGUUUCACUAACUGUAGGGAAGCUGUCUUGUAGAAUAAAGUAGAUUUUGAAGUUGUAGCUCCUGUGUACAAAUGACCCUAAAUAAAUCAAAUCUAAGGAUUUAUCUUGGUGUAUUAAUAUUUGCAUUGGUUUUCCAGCCCAAUACUGUCCCCAAUGGAUUAACACUAAAGGUCUCCAAAAAAAUUUUGUUCCAAUGCAGCAGUGUAUCAUGGGAUGAAAGUAGCGGGGAGGUGAGAACAAUCUGGUUCCUGUUCUUACUUUUUUAAAUUGUAACAAGCAAAAUUCAGUCAGUCUUUUUGAGGCUACUGGCCAAAUUGCCAAACUCAAAAUUUUUUUCCCUGUAACAGUUUAAUACAAAACUUAAAACCUGUAGUUAAAGUUAGGCUAAAGCAACCUGUUGGCACCAAAACUGGGUUAAAUUCUUAGUGCUUGCAGUUGCAGAGCAGUACUAAUAAAGGCUAAUUCUGAAGUUAAAUAGAGAUAAAAUAGACACUUUUCUGGAGAAAUAGACCUAAUCUACUCUCUUGUAAACUCACUGUGCAGUAAUAAUAUUUAAAGGUUCACUUGUUCUGCAGGUUCAAUUUUCUUGUUAUGAAGUGUCUUGAGGUCUCUUCCAGACUGAGUGGUUCUAUAAAAAUUGCUUUUCUGUUGACAUAGUUUAAUUUAGAACUACCUUAGUUUCACUAAUACACACUUACUAGCAGAUCAGAUGCUUCUGAGGCUUUUACAAAUGUGGAUUCUUAUAUUAGAGCUCUCCAGUUAUGGGUAGUACAAUGAGAAGGAACCACAUCUUAAAAAGUGGUAUUCUCAGCCCCAGUCUUUGGUCUCUUGGUCCAUUUGUCCAUAGUUACUAUUGAUUUUAACUUAGUAGAACCAAUCAGCCUGACUAAUAUGGCUUGAUCUGGGCUUUUCGUCUGUUAGCUUCUUUAAUUCUGUAGAAAUGCAUGGAAAUAUCACCUACUAGAAAGUUUGACCUGAAAUGCCUUUUGUAUGGGGGGUAGAGAACAUUCCUGUGCCAGCUACAGAGAUCUUAAAAGCUUCCAUGUUUCACCAGUGGUUGAUUAAAGCUGUUUCCUUUGUGUAAUGUGUACAUGGAAGUUGCAUAGAGUUUUCCUGUAUGUCUGUAGAGAAAAAGAAGAAAAAAAAAAAAAAAACCAAACCAAACCCCUUAGCCUCCAGUGCGUUACUGUGAUAUGUUCUGUGUGUGCCAAAUUCAAAUAGCCUAAAUAAAUGGGGUUUCCCUCC